AUCCAAGUUACUUUUAAAUAAAUCUGAAUACUGUAUUUUGUUUCAAAAUGUCUGUGAUACGAGUGUUAUCGUGUUUCUUGAAACCCCAAAGGUUAGGAAAGUUCAAGAGUAUAAACAGUACUGUCCCAAACUUGAAACUCCACAAUGAAAGCUCAAACCCAAUACCGAACAGAUUGAAUGAAUACAUGAAACUAAAACAACCGCAGGAACGGUGUACCGCAGUAUACACUUGGAUAGAUGGCUCUGGUGUUAACAUGAGGGACAAAACAAAGGUGUUGGACUUUGUGCCAGAAGUGAUCUGUCAACUACCCGUGUGGUCGUAUGACGGUAGUUCUACAGAUCAGGCUACCGGGGACAACUCCGACGUAUACCUGGUACCUGUAGCGAUGUACCCAGACCCCUUCCGUGGAGGUGAAAACAAAAUUGUUCUGUGCGAAACUUAUGACUCUGACAAGAAGCCGACACCGACAAAUCUCAGGAGAUGUUGUUUUGAAUCAUUGGAGAAAGCAGCUGCUGAGAAACCAUGGUUUGGGUUAGAGCAGGAGUAUACGAUGAUGAACACUCACCCGCAUCCUUGGCCAUACAUGUGGCCAGUGGGCUACCCUGGCCCUCAAGGUCCCUAUUACUGCGGAGUAGGAACAGGCAAAGCUUACGGCCGCAGUAUAGUCGAAGCACAUCUCCGAGCGUGCUUAUACUGUGGCAUAAAUGUCUCCGGCACCAACGCGGAGGUGAUGCCUUCGCAAUGGGAGUUCCAGGUAGGCCCGUCAGAGGGAAUAGCAGCCGCUGAUGACUUGUGGGUCGCCAGGUACCUGCUGCACCGGAUAGCUGAGGAAGCCGGAGUGGCAAUCAGCUUAGAUCCGAAGCCCAUCGAGGGCGAUUGGAACGGAACCGGAGGCCAUGUCAACUUCUCAACAGAAAAGAUGAGACAAGAAAAUGGUCUCGCAGAGAUUGAAAAAGCAAUUAAAAAGCUCGAGGCAAACCAUGCAAAACACAUCAAAGUGUACGAUCCCAGAGGUGGAAAAGACAACGAGAGAAGGUUGACAGGACAUCACGAGACUUCAUCGAUAGACAAGUUCACCUGGGCGGUCGCCAGCCGCAAGGUCAGCGUCAGAGUCACAAGGGAGGUCCACGAAGCUAAGAAAGGAUACCUGGAGGACCGUCGACCUUCCGCAAACGCUGACCCCUACGCCGUGUGCAACGCUUUAGUUUGCACAAUAUUGUUGGAGUAGUUUUUGUUUUUUGUGUAAAUUGGUUUGCCUUUAAGUUAUUAAGAUAAUAAACGAUUUAGAAAUGUAUUGUAA